CUAAUAGCGAUGCUAAAAACAAUCGAUGGUAUCGAUAGUGAAUCAGCUUGCUUUGUUGUAUUUUAAAAACAUGGGCGAUCUGCUGAGCAACUCGUUGUUUAAAAAGCUUGGCGUGGACCACUCGAAUCAGUGGAUUCUCUACGAUGAGCCGAUGGAAAAGUUCUUCAAGUUCCUGUCGGAGAACAUCUCGGAUGAGAAUAUCCUCACCGAGCGGCAGGUUCUGGAGCGGAAGGAGAUGCAGCAGCGGGACGAGUGGUUAGGGGAGUCGGAGCGGGAGCUGAAGCUGGCUCAGAUUGAGUCGGAGAGUCCGGGUCUCCUUGUUUUCACACAGCAGGAUGUCGACGCCUUGAGCAUGGGGAUUGAGACGAUCAAGGAAGCCUCGAGGGACUAUGCCGCGCUCCUGGAGGACAUGUUAAACACUAAGCACUCGAUAAACAACCAUCUGAGCGAGGUGGAGUGCACUGUUUCUGAGCUGCAAAUCAAGGAAAGGGAUCUGAUUGGCGAGUGCCAGUCCAAGGCCAGACAACUGGAGGAACUGCAGCGGGAGAACUGCCGGCUGAGCGGCGAGGCCAAGAAGGCCUUUACAUCGCAGCAGUUGCCGCCCCUUUUUAUGCAUCAGCUACAUUUGGAGCAGUAUUUCCACAAGUGCGACUCGUUCAUGCAAUAUUUUACUCUGUAUGUGAAGGAGAACUUCAAGAUCCAGGACUACGAUGAGUUCCAGAGCGCAGAAGCAGACCUUUUGCGUGAGAAGAGCAAGCUGGAGGACUUGCAGCUUGGCAUUCAGUUUUAUGCUCUGUCCUACAUCAGGACAAAAGCCAAGGCAAAGGCCACGCAGGCUCUGAUCGACCAGCUGGAUCUUGGACAAAUUCAGUGCCACAGUUUGGCGGAUAUGGCCCGAGAAAUGCAUGAGCUGCAGCUGCUCAACGAGCAUCAGCUGAGCAACAUACACGAUACCCUCUUAAACGAUCUUACCAUUCACAUUCAGCAACAUACUCAGCGGCGUAUUGAGUUGGUUCUCUUCGAGAACACCAAACUAAAGUUGGACCGAGCGAUGCAGCGUCACGAGAGCGACAAGAAGCUGACCAAAAUCAUAUCAGAUGCCUUGUCGAAUGCGGAAUUGCUGUGGAUUGCGAUUCAGCUGGAUUGCGACAAGAAGCGCAACUGUUUGGACACUUCAGAGGAGUUGCGAAUCGAGACACAGGCCACCUGGCAGAGAAUUCAGACAAUGCGAUCCAUCAAUGCCAGCCAUCAGGGUAUUUGUGCCCAGUUCGUACAUGAAAUUGCCAGUCUGUUGUCAGCCCAUCUUGGGCAAAAUGUUAAGUCUACCGAGGUCAAAGCUUGUAUUUUUGAAUACGAAAAGUUCGGGCGUCUGCUUUCGUACUCUUUUCAGAGCAUGCUCAAUAGGAAGUCCUGUGUCGCUGCCAGAGAUCAACUGGCUGAAUUAGAGCGCUUGGAGCAGACUCUUCGACCCUUUGUCUACGAUUCCCCCCUUGUGCAGCCUAUGUUCGAGAAUGUGCGGUAUUUGAGCGCCAUUUACAAUGUCACCCAGCAACAAAGUCGUCUCGAUGAGGCUGUGCGAUCCCUGCGCACGGAUUUCCUAGAAAACGUCGUCGGGCGCAUUGAGAGGGAUAAGCUGUGGCGCUAUAGCGUGCUUCUAUGGAUUUGGUUUCUCACUGAACCGCAGCGCGUGAUAUAUGCAAUUGACGAGGUGAAAAAGGCAGCCGCUGCUGUAGCCCGCCCUGGUGGCGGUCUGCAGCGCAAAUGAAUUUAGUUGAUAGCGAAUCUGGUCAGUAAAUGAAUGUUAAAUUAUUCAAAAAAUGUAUACAAUUUUAGAAAAUUUGUCAUUUUUGUAAUCAUUAAUUGUGAACUAUUGUUUAGUUGGGAGUGGCUGUGGAAAUGUGGUUUUUUACAUCCUGUACUGAAUUUGUGGAUAAUAGUUUAGAGUAAUUUUAAUGGACUCCACGCCGUAAGUCACUUUCGAAAACUCUUUCGACACAAUUAAAAUAAAACAGAAUUUAUAACCUUAUAUAACAUACAUAUGUAUAAUAAAUUACCUUAAAUAUAUAA